UUGGUACUACAUCUCUGAGGUUGCUUGAGUUACUGGUAUUUGUUGUUCGUACAACUCUAAUCACUCACGUUUGAAAAUGACAAUUUCAGAAUGAUCCCAUGCAUCAUCACAUGAUGAAUAAGUCAAAUCAAAAUCAUGUCUUUUGAAGGAAAAUAAGUAUUGUUAAUUGACACACCAUGUGUAUUAUGACAUAUAUAGAUACAUAUGCUCAAAUUUUAAUUAAAGAUAUCCUAUAACAUUCUAAAAAUUAAAUGAAACAAAAAACUCUUAUCAAAUAUGCAUAAGAAAAACUAUAGAGAUAUGAAUAAAAAUUAUAGUUUCAAAAUACGACCUGUGUUUCUGAAAUGAACUGACCAUGCACACAUAUGACAAGCAUGUGGUCUUUCUCCUCUUGGGCUGUGCAUAUCCAACUACCCUAUAGUGUUUUACACAUGAUCUAAUGCAAUGAAUUUAUUAAGUCUCAUAGGUCCUUAAUCCUAUAUAUGAAAGAUGAACACAUUGUCAAAACUUACCAACACCAUUGUUGUCUGACUUCCUGUGAAGAACGCAUGCACAAUUGCUGCUUAAAAGUAGCGGACUGAAGAUGUCUCAAGAGUUGAAUAUUGGUCAAGAAUGCAUGAACUUAAAUUUUGGCCUAUAUUCCUUUCAUAAUUGCAUAUUAUACUGGUGUGUCAUAUCAUGUUAGGUUUGAAAUUGAAGAAAUCUUAAUUACAGUUUUGUAAUAGUACAUAUAUGUAACCCCAAUUGUAGUCUAACAUUUCCAGCUGCCUCAUUUAAUGGUGACCUGCCCGGAGAACCUAAUAUAUUGAAAUCUGCAAUUCAUUGGUUAUAUAGUUAUGCACCAAAUUGCUUCAAUUGUUCCUGCAAACUUUCUGCAAACGACAAAAGGGUUUUCAUGUCUGUUGCAAUCUGACUAAUAGCAGCUAAAGUGACAAACAAAUUGGAAUAAGAAAAUUGUCUUGUUAUGUGCAAACUUCAGCAGACAGUUUGCUGUGCAGUCGCAGUGAGACUGGAAAGGUGAAUAAGGGAUUAGUACUGGUAUUUAAAUUGAGUGAUAUACUUAAAUAUCGUUCCACGGCAAAAUCGGGCAAAAUCGCAUUUUGUGUUCACGAAUUGAUCCCAAACUUAGGAUACAAAGUCGCCAUAGCAUGUUUAGCAAAUGCACAAAGCAGUUCUGAUUUAUUUUACCUUGUUCCAAAAUUAUAGACAGAUACUUAUGAACAUGGAGAAUUCACGCUUAGUGCAAAUCUAUACAAAACACUACUUGUAAUCCCUUUGAAAUCUAAACACAGCAAAGCGGGUAUGAAAAUAUAUCAUCAUAUAACAUUAAACAAAUGAAAAACUUCAAAAGAGCAUGCAAGUUUCAAUGUAACAUUUUAAAACCUUUCUGAAUGUUAGUCAUGAACUGAAAAUUUGUUCUUUAUUUACACGGUAUUGAAUGACAAUACAUUAUUCUUAAUUGUUUGGCUUUGAAAAUCAAUGAAUGAACUGGAAAAACAUUCUUGAAUUUCACUAAAUCUGAAAUUAAAUUUUUUUUUUAUGAAUACAUAUCAUGCAUGUAUUUUAUACUUAGAUUUGUAAUUUUAUUAGUACAACCUCUAUGUUACAUGUGUACUGAAAUAUUUAUACCAUGUACAACUCUGUUUGUACAUGCACUGUGCAUGUGUGUGAUUGGGUGGUGAAUGUGAAAUGAAAAAUUCGAUUCACUUAAAUAUUCUAUGAUAUUAUGUGUGUACAUUUCAGUGGGAAAACAAAUUUUAAAAAAUUAAUUUCAGGGGAUUUGAAAUGUGAACUUAUAUAAAGCUUUUAUGUGACGCCUGUUCUAAUUUAAGCUUCUCGUUAUAUGUAUUCUCCCUUAAUUAUGAAAACGAUUCAUUGUUUUAGCUCACCAGGACGAAUGUUUGGAGAGCUUUGUCAUGACGUCUAGCUGUGUCGGUGUCACACUUUAAGGGAAAGACUUUAACCUUGGUUAUAUAUCUUUUGAAGAAAAGGGGGAUGGGGCUUUGAUGUUUUUCACAUGUAGAGUCCAAGUGACCUGCACCUUUCAUUUGGUUUGGUAGAUUUGAACAUAUUUUAUUGUAUAAGUGCAUAUUAUACAAACAGGUUUGAACACAAUUCUUUCAAUUUACGGGGUUCUCACCUUUCAUUUGGUACCAGAACUUUUGACCCUGUCAUUAGACUGACUUACUGUAAAAGUGGUUAUUUCCGCUGGGGGUUAAGUACGCGUUUUUCCACGUCCAACAUUACGCGUGGGGGAAAACAUACACGGAAAUGGAAUACAAUUUAUAUAUCAAAUAGUUAUUACUAUACGCAAGGGGGAAAUUUACGUGUGUAUUACAUGACUGCGUAAUUAGUGUACAUUUCCCCAACGCGUAAAUAUAACCACUUUUACAAUAAUUUUUAAAAAAAUUUUAACCUUGGCUAUAUCUUUAGAACCAUUUAGGGAACAGGGGAAGUAAAGUUGUGCUGCCUAUUGAGCUACAUUAACUUCUGACGACUAAGUUUAGUACAUCAAAUAUUUAUCUCAUUGUGUUAGAGUGUAAGAUAAUUUGAUUGUUGAAUGAGAACACCCAGAUGUGGAUGAAAUUUAAGCCUGUCUGCCGACCCUACAUGUAAAUGACUUUAGUGAAAUAUUAAAACUUCCAUUGGAAAAAAAUUGAAUUGACUAUAUACAAAGAGUUAACACCUGUUUUUUUAUUGAUUAAAGCAAAAAAAAAUAAUACCAAUAAUUAUAAAUUUGAUCAGCACUUUAAAAAAUAAAAUGGUGUCAGAUUCAGGUUCUCUCUGGCAUGCAUUCUUUAAUUAGAAAAAUUAUCAACACUAUAUUGUGAUAAAUGAUGCAUGCAUGUUUAUCAAAUUUCAAAUCGAAGAAUGGCAAGUAGCAUGUGGUGUCAAGUAAUAAUUGCUGAUGGUAUGCACUGUGUUUACAAAUUGUUUUGAUGAAAGUUUUAUGAAUAAGGAUUCAAAUCAGGCCCACUGUAGUUUUUCCGUUUGAAAUUUACUGAUAAAAUUCCCAGGUGAAAUAUAUAAUGAUUUGGUGAUUGUUAAUUACUUACUGGAAUCGAAAAAUUUAUUGCUCAAUUACAUUGCACCAAAAGACCAUCAAAGCUGGAUUUUUGCAUAACUUAUUUGCAGAAUAAUGCUUUUGCAUUGUACAGGGUGUUUCAUGAUAAUAUGUUACAUUUUCAAAUGGAAAUGUUUUUCAUAUCUAUCAUAAUUUUGAUACAAACUUAAAAUCCAUUUAACCACCAAAUCCUGAAUUUUUCAUCCAUGUAGAAAAAGUUUCGGAAAAAAGUAAAUUGUUAAUUAUGACAUUGAUGCUCAAUUAUGUCAUAUUUUAAACUCUUAUUAUUUACCAACAUAAAUCACCAAAACGUAUUUUAAAAAACUGAAUGAAGGAAAAUAUUCAAAAGAGAAAGAAGAUAUCUAGGAUGCUUGUCAGAGGGACAUUAUCACUUAAGUUUGAGAGGACCUGGACAAGAUAAUCCGGGACGAUGGAAAACAUCGAGAACCGAAGAAUUCAUCAGAAUGAUAAGUCGGAGAAACUCCAUAGAAAAGUGUCAGAAGAAUCGGAAAGAAACGCAGACAAUACCAACAUUUCUACUGUAUAUUGAACUCUAAAAUAUGACGUAAAAUUGAUAGUACCCUGCAAGAUUUCAAUUAUGGCAUCACCUCAACAAAUUGGAUGUUAAACACCGACUUGAAUUUGCAAGAUGGAUGCUUCAGCAUAUGAAAUUGACAUCAUUCAGAAAGUUUGGUUUUCAGAUGAAGCUCUGUUUUACUCAGAUCAUGAGAAUCAAGGAAUGUCGAUUUGGGCCAAGACCCAGCUGCUGCCUCCAGAACUCCUUAAACAUGUGUCUAGUAUGUAUGAGGGUUCGCAGAUCCCAAUCGAGGUCCGGCACUACUUUGCUGACUGGAUAGAAGAUCAGCCAUGGGGACAGAUCGAUGAAAACAGCAGUAAUCAGCAAGAUCAAUCAUUUGCUCAACAGCUUUUGAACAAACUCAUUGAAGAACUUGAGAGCAAGGCAGCUGAACUUCCACAACAAAAUGAAUUCUUCAUACUCAAGCUCAAAUUUCAGGAGGUUGCCAGUCAGUUCAGAACCCAGUACACACAAAGACCGAUGGAACUGGUCCGCACAAUCAAACGCAACUUGGCCAUGGAAGAAUCUUUGGUUCACCAACAUGAAAAUCCUGAUGCAUCGGUAAGAUUUCCUCCUUAUUUAUCAAUCAGUAAAAACAAACCUGCAGCAGAUACAGACACAGUUCAGAAAAGAUCAGAUGACCUUGAACUCCUUCUCUCCUCUGUAGCACUUGAUGUCAAGCCAACUGAAACCCCUAUGCCUGCGUUUGACAAGGACAAGCUCAUCAUGUCGAAGAUUGAAAAUAUUGGUAUUCAGAUAACAGAAGCAGAGAAAAUGAUAAGAGAAUUGUCACAUAAGCAGGAGGAGUUCACCAUUAACUACCAGAAGCAGCUCCAGAUUAACAGCCAAAUAAAUCAGACACAUUCAGAUAAAUAUUUGGCAACUUUGUCCCAAGAGGAUCUGAUGCGGGUAACAACAGAAACCAGAAAAACUCUAGAAAAGCAGAAAAAGAACUUAGAGGGAGUUUUAGCAAGAGAGGCACAAACCAUUGCCAGCGCCAGAGUGGAAAUUGCAGGCAAGUUGAGUAACAACUUUGAGUGUUUGGAGGAAGUCAGGCAGCAGGUUGUUGACCAAGAGCUGAUCGAGUGGAAGCGGCAACAGCAGUUAGCAGGAAACGGAGCGAAAAUUGAUCCUAAUUUACUAGAAAAUUUACAAAAAUGGGUGGAGUCGACUGUGGAUUUGGUGUGGAAGAGCAGGCAACAGGUGUUGAAGCUGGAGGGGUUGUGCAGUAGGAUUCCGAUGCAGCUAUCGGAUGGCAGGGAUGACGUGGUAUCCACGCUAAACAGUAAAAUAACCAGCAUUCUGUCCUCCAUUGUUACAAGCACAUUUAUUGUCGAAACACAACCACCACAAGUACUGAAGAGGGACUCCAGGUUCAGUGCAAGGGUGCGUCUGCUGGUCGGUGGCAAGCUUACCAUUCACUUGACCCCUCCGACUGUUACUGCCUCCAUCAUCAGUGAGGCCCAAGCUAAGCUGUUAUUGAGGGGUCCCAAUCGACGUCCUGAACACAACUGUGGAAAGAUCCUCAACAACUCAGGCUUAAUGGAGUACCAGCCACAAAAAGGGGAACUCAGCAUCGAGUUCAGGAACAUGAUUCUGAAGACCAUUAAACGGGCCGAAAAGCGAGGAACAGAAGUGAGUGGUACAUUUGCUGUAACAGAGGAGAAAUUCUGCAUUCUGUUCCAAAGCUCCUUUCACUUGGGAAUGACUGUAAAUGAGUUGCAGUUCGAAGUCUGGACCAUUUCCUUGCCUGUGGUGGUAACAGUGCAUGGCAACCAGGAAUGCAAUGCUGUGGCCACCAUCUUGUGGGAUAACCAGUUUAGUGAACCAGGGAGGAUGCCUUUCACAGUACCUGACCAGGUGCCAUGGCCAGAACUAGUCAAUCUAUUGGACACCAAGUUUUCGUCUCUGACAGAACGCGGACUCACUCACGAGAACAAACAAUAUCUUGCCACUAAGCUCUUUGGUGGUUCAAUUGAGGACAACUUCUCGCAAAAGACGGUGUCCUGGAGUAGCUUCAAUAGGGAUCCUCUGCCUGCCAGAAAUUACACAUUCUGGGAGUGGUACUACCAAGCCAUGAAGCUGACUAAGGAACACAUGCGUGGUCCAUGGAAAGAAGGGUUUAUCAACGGGUUCAUAAGUAAGCUGGAUUCCCAGCGACUGCUGGAAAAACGGCCACUGGGAACAUUUCUGCUGCGAUUUAGUGACAAUUUCAUCGGCGGAAUUACAAUUGCUUGGCUAGCAGAGGACAACAAAACUGGUAAGAAACAGAUCUGGAACUUGCACCCAUUCAGUGGCAAGGACUUCCAGAUCCGAGGAUUAGCGGAGAGGAUUAAUGACCUGCCUCAGCUACUGACUCUGUAUCCAGAAAUCCCCAAACAUGUGGCGUUCAGCCGCUUCAUGACACAAACUGCCCACCAUCAAGGCGCACAAGGCACCGAUGGUUACGUCCGACACGAGUUGAGGAUGGUACCUGAUCCAGAAAUGAAUGGUAUGGCUGGAUUUACCAUGUGCACAGAGAACCCCCAGUCUCCACAGCUGGAAAUCAAUGGGAGGGAUUCACCGGGGACAUGUAUGUCCCCUCAAAACCUGCAAGUUUACAACACUCCUGAUGCAGGUAUGGAUUUAGAUCAGUACCACCUGCAGGAGUUGCCCGGGUCAGGAAUGGAUUACGAUGCUGACAGCAUGCUGGAGAUGAACGAUUUUUCUGACAUUAAUCUCAGCAGUUUCUUAGAAACAGCGAAUGCUGUGUUGGGUCAGAAUUUCAACAACAACACGACCAUGAACAGUAUGAAUGGGUCCUCAUAACUGAAGACACAACAUCCGACAGCGUACAGUGUAUAUGAGACAGAAGCUGUAUAUUGCUUUCAUCUUAUCGGUUUUGCACUUCACGGUUACCAUGGAAAUGUUGACAAAUUUGAUGGAUUACAAACAAUCAUAAAAAUUUCCGCACAUUGAAUUUCUAAUGUGUUUAAAUGACUAUUUCGAAUUUACUGCAGAUAUGACGAUUUGCCAUUCAUAAAUAUGAGAAGUUUGCACACAAAUGCCGUUCAUUUCAUCUGAGAAAAUAAAAAUAAGUUCCUAUAAAUCGUCAUCACAUAACGGGAUGUUUUCUGACUACUUUUUUAUUUUUACAUAUUAAAGGAUAACCUGGAACUAAUUGCCAGAUAACCAUGAUAUUACCCUUGUAUUUCAUUCGUCCAAUUUAAUAUUGUUGUUGAAUAUACAAAUAAUUCAUCAAAAUUUCCACUCACCAAAUUUCAGAAAUGGAGAAAUCGUCAAAUCGUUGUUGGAGCUAAAAACAUUAUUUUGAGAGUAGUGUCCUUCUAACAUUCUACUAUUCUUACAAUAAUGGAAAAUCUUUGAGCCUAAGACAAUGUUUUGAUUGAACGUGAUAUGAUAGUAAGGUGUACAUGCAUGAAAUUCAGUGUUUCAAACUUCAAAACAAGGAUAUGCUUUCAGUUUACAGAAGUAUAUAGAUGUAUCUACGUAUUGAAAUCUUGAUUUUAACUGCUUGUAAUAACUGUAAUGUGUCCAAUAAUCUGGGGAAUUUUCAUCUGUAACUUUUGUUUAUGUUACCUUUGAAUAUUUUUGAGAAGUAUAUUGACAGUUGUACGGAGUUUAAGGAUAACAAGACAUUUUCUGACCUGGUGAGGUAGGGGGUGAAACAGAGUAUUCCCUGAACCCUGUAUCAAGAUGUGUAUUAAUUAAUUAAUUGUUAAUCUGUGUAUUAUUUACAUUUGUGUGUAUUGCUUUGCAAUAGAGUUUAGAGGAUGCAUCCUCAUUUAUUUCAGAAAUCAUUUGAGAGGAUGUAUCCUAUUCUGAUCCUCACUUUAAUAAAUUGUAAAUUUCACAAAUGCUUUAAAACCUGUGUCUGAUAUUCCUUACAAAAUUUAUUGAAUGCUAAUGAGAUGUGACAUCAACCAGUCAUCAUUGAAUUAUUAUCAAAAUAUAGUAAUACAAAAUCACUAGAUGUCUUCUCUAUCUUUUUUCAGAAAUUGACCCCAAAAAAUAUUGUAGCUUUUUGGAAUGAGAAAAUUCCCUUAUCUUAUGAACAUGUUGUGAUGUCUUAAAACCAAAAUAAAAGUGAUAAAUAAACUUCAUAGUGUAGAUAUAUUGUUUAUAUACAACUACAUGUGCAGGUAAAUGGUAUUUUUGUUUGAUUGUGUUGCUAUGCAUGUCUUUCCAAACAGAGCUAAUGAAUCACUUAUAUAAUGUCAAUUGUACAUAUUGCAUUGUUUUGUCCUUCUUAAGAAUUUUGGAAAUUUUAACUGCAUUUAGCAUUAUUUAAAUUCUUUUAUCACACAACUGUGAUGGUUAAAGAUAAAACAUGAAAGCCUGGAUGGCCUUUCAAAUAGACAGUGCUGCUUUCUUUCAAAUUAGUAACCAUGAGUUCUGUCCUAUAGAACCUAAGUUAUGUUUCCUUAAGGUAAUUACCAGUACAUUAUUUUAGUUUGGUAGGAUAGAACUGGAGAGUGAUAUGGCCAUGAUUGAGGAGAUUUUCUUGUGUGUCUGAGCAAAGUUCCAUGUAAAGUUAUUGGUUACAGUGCAUUAUGUGGCUUAUGGGAAUAAUUUUUCUAUCUUCUUCAAGAAUAUCAAACUUCAAGAAAGUGUAUAGCUACUUUUGUUGUUGUGAUGGGGGAAAUAGAUUUACAUGUGCCAUAUACAUUUACAUUGUAUAUACCUGUUCAUGUUGUCAUUUUGUUUAAAUAGCUCUGUCAUUGAAAUUAUUAUUUUUUUUUUGGUAUGUGUUUAACUUCUAAAAGAUUCUUCUUGAAAUUUUACAAGGAAUAUCCAGUAAAUUAGAGGAUUGAUACAAAUUCUUACACUCAUGAGAUGAGAAUUUUUUUUUUUAAAGUACAAAAUUAUGACACCUAUGAGGUUUCACCUUUGUGUUUCAACAUACUUGCAUGAAAUAUUAGAUCAGUUGUGAUUUACGUCCUGGAAACUUAAACUUCUACAAGAUGUGGUUUUUGAUGAACAUUGUUUGAUCGCAAUUGAUACAGGUCCCUUUAUGUUUGUAACAUUUGUAUUUCAUUAUAUACCGGUAUAUCAUUGCUUAUUAUGUAAACCAUGUUGCAUCCACUGAAAAUAUGUUGAGUUUUUUUUGUAUGGCAUCAUUUUGAAUUUCAAUAAACUCAAUAAAAUCAUAUAAAAAA